CCCCGCACCUGCCUCAGGUGCCACCUGGCGGGCGCCCCGCCCAGAGGCGGAGCCGGGCGCGCUUCCUGUUCCUGGCGGGGCGCGGCCGCCGGCGGGACGGGCUCGGCGCGAUGAACAACCCUAUACCCUCCAAUUUGAAAUCAGAAGCAAAAAAGGCGGCUAAAAUACUGAGAGAAUUCACAGAAAUAACUUCCAGAAAUGGGCCUGACAAGAUCAUUCCUGCCCAUGUCAUCGCGAAGGCCAAAGGCCUUGCAGUCCUGUCCGUGAUCAAAGCCGGGUUUCUGGUGACAGCCAGAGGAGGCAGCGGGAUCGUGCUGGCCCGUCGUCCGGAUGGCCAAUGGUCUGCACCUUCAGCCAUUGGCAUCGCUGGCCUCGGAGGGGGAUUUGAAGUCGGAAUUGAGGUAUCAGAUUUAGUAAUAAUUCUGAAUUACGACCGAGCAGUGGAAGCUUUUGCAAAAGGCGGGAACCUGACCCUCGGGGGGAACUUCACCGUGGCAGUCGGGCCCUUGGGACGGAAUCUGGAAGGAAACGUAGCGCUGCGGAGCUCGGCCGCCGUCUUCACCUACUGCAAGUCACGAGGGCUCUUCGCCGGCGUCUCUCUGGAGGGGAGCUGCCUGAUCGAAAGGAAAGAAACUAAUCGAAAAUUUUAUUGUCAAGAUAUUCGAGCUUAUGACAUUUUAUUUGGAGACAUACCACGACCUGCUCAAGCAGAAGAUCUCUAUGAAAUCCUCGAUUCCUUUACUGAAAAGUAUGAAAAGGAAGGACAGCGCGUCAACGCGAGGAGGGCGGCCAGGGAGCAGCGGAAGUCCUCGGCUAAAGAAGAACCUCCAAAACCAGCAUCGAGACCACAGCUUUGCCCUGGACCAGUCCAGCUGAACUCUGGCUCUCCAAGUAACAGAAAUGAACAUAAGCUCUAUCCUGAACUUCCCAGCUAUCAUGAGAGAGUUGGCAGUUCAAAUCCACCGAUAGAGGUGACGGCACUCUACUCGUUCGAGGGACAACAGCCAGGGGAUUUGAGUUUUCAAGCUGGAGACAGAAUCACAGUCACGUCAAAGACAGACUCGCAUUUUGACUGGUGGGAAGGAAAGCUUCGAGGUCAAACUGGCAUUUUUCCAGCCAACUAUGUAACCAUGAAUUAAAGUUUGUGCCACUUUC